ACUCCUGUUUGGUCAGUAAUGAUAUGUAAUUAAAUCUCCUCUGUUGUAGGUUCAUACGGCCAGAAACUACACAGGGCAUAUUUGUUAACUUCAAAGACUUGUACUAUUACAAUGGGAACAAGCUUCCUUUUGCUGCUGCUCAAAUUGGCCAGGCUUUCAGAAAUGAGGUUCGAGAUCACCUCAUGAGAAAUCACAUAGCAUGGAAGGUGUAAGGUUCUACUACCUCUAAUUGUAACUUUGAUUGGGUAUUAGCACAUAUCUUGGAGCAGCUCCCAUUGUUGAAUGUUUGGAAAAGCACCAACCUAAUGUAGUAAUAACUUCUCGUGUUGCAGAUGCUGCCUUAUUUUUGGUGCCAAUGAUAUAUGAACUGGGUUGGAACUGGGACAAUUUAGAACUUCUAGCACAGGGCAGAAACUUCAUGUUAUGAUAAAUGGCAGUGCAAGUAAAAAAGCCUUGGAUCCAGUUGCUCCAGUUUAUAAGUACUGCCUUGUAUCAGUAUCUAACAUAUUAACUUCAACAUGCCAAAAUGAGGUUUCUGCCAGUUUAGUUAUGGUGCAUUUGAUUGAGAAAUUAGCUGCUGGUGAUACUGGAAGUUUAUCUGUAUCAAUACUUCAGAAGAUGAGCACCAUGUCUAAAAAGCUUAAAAGUCACCUUGCUUUCUCUGAAUUGUUAGCCCAAUAUUCACAGAGCGGUUAUUUCAGAUUAAUGCAGCCAAAAAAGACAAGGUGCCUUCAGUUAGAUCAGCUUCUUGUUGAGCCAUUGGUGUCAUUUCAUGUUUUCCUGAAGUUUUCCAGAGAGAUCCUGAACAAAUUGAUUCACGCAGUGGAGAUUAAUACCCGCGACCCCUCAAUGUGCGAAUAACUGCUUCUUGGGCUUUGGCAAACAUAUGUGAUUCUAUCCGGCACUGUAUUGAUACUCUUUCUUUGGAAGGCUCCACAGGUGGGUUAUAUGUUACAGAAGCUAUUUAUUAUUUUCAACUACUUUAUUUGAAAAGUUAUUGAUGU